AUAUUAACUUAGAAAUAAUUCUAAACGUUUAUUGACACUGACAUACCAAUAAAGUGGUAAUCACCUUUUAUUUUAUUGGGCAAUACUAUACUUUGCUCAACUCAGAUUAAAAGCUUAACAAACUUUCGGUGAAUGUGUUGAGUGCCCUUUGUUGGGCACAAAAAACACCGUGAAAAUUGCGUAUAUUUCACGAGAAGAUAUGCCAGACAGCGGUGCUGUUUAUCAACCCACAACGGUGGGUUAUACAUACGACAGCGGAGGUGAUGGUGCAGGAGGUGGCGGUGGGUUAAGAAGUGGUUUCUGGAGGAUUAUAUCCAGACACAAACUCAGCUCUAAAAAAUGGUUCGAAUGGGUAUUGCUUUCGGUUGCUUUAUCGUUUUUUGUUGCUGGUUUGACGACCAUGCUGGUCAGCUUAGUAUCAGAUGACACGUCACAGGGAAAUAAAACAGAGAUAAAGCUGGAUGACCAUCCAACAACAUCAACAACAAAUGUAGAAGAACACGUUGAAGAUGCUGCAAAAGGUUCUAUAGCAUUAGGUGCUGGUAUGAUGCUGGUCGGACUGCUGUUAGGCUUUAUUUGGGCUUGGCUUCGCUUCGUUCGCCGUGGCAAAUCUCCAAGAAGUGGAAUGGUUGGAAGUAGUGGUCAGAUGUUGGGCGGUUUGAAUCCAUCGACUGACUUGCUGGUGGGUUCCACUUCGCAGUACGGGCCAGUACUCACGGAGCUGCCGAGUCACCUAAAGCUGAAGCAGUCAAGUUCGCAUGACACUCCGGCGAUACCCCUUUCUGAUCAAGAAGAAGAGACUCGUACUCUAAUGCAGGAUUCUACGAUUCCUCCAACUGUUUCUAUCGGCCCUAAUACUAUCGCUAAUCAAAUUCCAGGUUGAGUAAAAAGGUUAAUUGCAUCAAUGUGUAGUAAGAAUACACAAGAAGGGCCCUGUUUUAAUUUCAUGCGAACCAACCUGAAUUGCAGUCCCUGCCAUUUUGCCACUUACUUGAUUUUUGUAUGAACAAAAUAUU